AUGCCUCUCUUCGCCACCGGAACCGUCAUGUACGUCGACCACCGCCUCGUCGCGCUGUUCACCCUCAUAGAAACCAACACCCGCGUCCGUUUCAUCGGCGAGUUCACCGGGCCCGAGCCUGCGCCCACACCCGACUUCGUCUGUCCCAACGCGACACUGGUGUACGAGUCCCAGGACGAGAUAUUCAAGACCACCGAGUUCACCUGCGCGCUUGGGGUGCACGAUGCCAAGUUCAAGAUGGCUGGGAGUCUUGGAGGGGUGACGUUUGAUGGCCGGUUGGAGUGGCCUUUGUCGCCUGCUGUCAGCCGGAAAGGAAUGGGAAGGUGGACGAUGUCAUCUUAG